AUGUCCGCCGCAACAGAUAAGGCUCGCUACUUUCUUGAAAAGUCAGUUCCAGAGCUGAAGGAGUUUGAGAAGAAGAAACUUUUCACUAAAGAUGAAAUUACUUCCAUCAUCAAGAAACGAUCCGACUUCGAGCACAAGCUGAAUGCACGUGGCGCGAAGCCUGUCGACUUUGUCCGAUAUGUCGAAUACGAGAUCAACCUAGAUACCCUGUGCAAGAAGCGCACCAAGCGCAUGGGAAUUCGCUCCGCAGGACACAGCGGCCAGCGACGGAUUUUGUUUGUUCUCGACCGUGCAACCCGCCGAUUCCACGGCGAUCUUAACCUCUGGAUUCAAUACAUCGAAUACACCCGGAAGCAAAAGGCCUACAAGAAGCUUGCCAUCAUUCUGACCGACGCUCUGCGAUUCCACCCCACCAGUGCGGAGUUAUGGAUCUAUGCUGCCAAAUACUCCCUGGAUGAGCAUGCGGAUAUGUCUCAGGCAAGAAGUUACAUGCAGCGCGGUCUGCGGUUCUGCAAGAGCGCACGCCUGUUAUGGAUUCAAUAUGCAAAGUUGGAAUUGAUCUACAUCGCCAAGUUGGUAGCUCGUCAACGGAUAUUGGGAUUGGACGAAGCCAGCGCCAGUAAACGGUCAAAGGCUGUCGAGUCCGCCGAGGUGGAUCACGAUGCCGACAUGAUUGCGAUGCCCGCGAUCACCGAGGAGGAUAUCAACCCUGCAGCGCAGGGUGAUGAGAGUGAUGAGGCUGCCAAACAGGCCCUUGAAACUCUGAAUGCGACACCGGCGCUCAGUGGUGCUAUUCCACUGGCCAUCUUUGACUCUGCCAUGAAGCACUUCAAGAACGACGACCAGAUUGCAUCCGAAUUCUACAAGAUGGUGUCGGAGUUUGAUGACGUUCCGUGUUUGUCCAAGAUUCUGGGUCAUGUGGUGGAGAACAUGCAGGCCCACAAACCCACCAGCGCUCUGACAUUGAUCUGCUAUAUCAAGUUCCCAACCACAGGGGUCCGGGUCACAUCGCCAGAAUUCCCCCGUGCUUUGGGAAGCUCACUGGCACGCCUGAAGGAGUCACAGCCAUUGAAUGCCACUCUUGCACAGGAAGUAGUGAACUGGUUGAAACCGCUAAGCGAGACCGAGGACCUGGAUCCUUCAUUGAAGAUGGUCAUUGUGUCCACAAUGCGCAAUGCCGAGCGAGCACUGUCGGCAUGA